CUCAGCCUCGCAAGGCGUUUCGCAUCUCCGCUCCUCACGCAACACAACAUGGUCAUAUCACAUCUUACCACCCCCCGUGCAACUUCUGGCUCCUCCAUUGAUCCCUCGACGCCCUGAUGCCUGAUCUACGCUGGAUCGAUGUCGGUCCGUAUUCAGUUUGAUCAGCCCGUACAGAGGUGCUACACGAAUCUCGAUUUCGUCUCGGGCAACGUUAUCCUCAUCCUCCCCAACGAUGCCACCAUCUCUGCAGUCACGGUCAAGCUCGAGGGCGAGAGUCGGACUCGGCUUGCCGUGCCCAAGUUUCCAAACAAUGAACGGUCGGAUAAGAAGAGGUCGGAGCUAGAAUUGCACAAGCUUUUGUAUAAAGUCAUCACCGUCUUCCCAACACCCGAGCUUCAAGAAAGAAGCAGCGGCGCCGCCUACACUCUCCUAGCUGGCCAAUACCUCUACCCGUUCAAGUUCAAGUUCCCAUUCAACAAUGACUGCCAAAGGAAUCCGAGUGCCCUGAAAGAUAUCAAACUCGGCCAUGUGAAUGUUCAAUUCGCACCCGACACCACGAGACAUGUGAAGAAGACACUGCCACCCUCACUGAGUGGCUUUCCCGGCGAGGCGGAAAUCAAAUACUAUGUGAAGGCGACAAUCGUCCGCCCCAAGUUCUUCCAAGAGAAUAUCAGAGCGAUCGCCGAUAUCAACUUUCUGCCCAUCGAGCCUCCUCGGCCUCCCAAUCGUCAUGAGGAGACGUUUGCGAGAAGAAAGAGACAGUUCCAGAGAUACCCGGCCGAGUCGCAGAAAAAGAUGGCUGGCCUUUUCGGUAGAAAAUCUUCGACUCCGACAUCCGCGGAGGAAGAACCUCCCGCUUUUCAGGUCGAUGCCCGCCUGCCAAGUCCCGCCAUUAUCACCUGCAACGAACCUCUGCCGCUACGAAUACUGGUUGAGAAGCUCAAUGACAGCUCCGCCACUGCCUACCUCAAGAUGCUGCAAAUUGAACUCACAGGGUACACCCAAGUCAGAGCUCUUGAUCUAGAAAGAACUGAAACCACAAAGUGGCCAUUGAUGUCGCAGGCGAACAUGAACAUGCCACUCGGCAAUCCCAGCGAUAAAGGUCGUAAGGAAUGGAAACUUCCUUCUCGACUGUGGGAGGAUUUUCCGCUCCCCAAUACCGUCUGCCCUUCAUUCGAUACCUGCAACAUCUCUCGGCGAUAUGAACUAGAGGUCACGGUCGGUUUGGCUCAUGCUAUGGCAAGCGGCCUACGACCGGAGCUUAUGGUCCUUCCUUUGCGUCUACCUGUCUUGGUGUACUCCGGCAUUGCUCCUCCUCCGAAGCUGCUGCAGGCUAUGGCCAAUAACCCUCGUCCUCAACCUGCUCCUCUACACUUGGCCCCACCAAGACCUUCCGAGAUAAACGGAAUGUCUUCGCAGCCGACCACCCCAUUAGAGACGCCAACAACUCCUUUGUCUGAGAUCAACUCGUAUCCGGCCCCGGUGGGCUCUUACAAUCCGCAUGAGCAAUCGGAUAUCCCUGACGACGCCCCACCCAGCUAUGAGGACGCUAUGGCUGAGGAUAUUGCACCUGUCGAUGGUCCUCGGCGGGAAUACCACGUGCCAUCUGAGCCCGUAGCUCAGCGGCCGGCCUUCAACCCCGAUGCGAAAGGUAGCGGACUCGGCCGACGAGUCAGCGAGCGAUUAUUUUCCGGCGGGGAACCAAUCAGUCCUACUAGGACAACUUCGAUGGGAAACGCGAUGCCAGACUUUACCAUAACUGAGGACGAAGAUGCCGGGUCUCCGAGCUCACCGUCAGGCGGAAGCUCAAGCCGAAUGUCUAGCUGGAAGCGGAGUUUCAGUGGACGGAAGGAAUAAAAAGCAUUCUUCUGGACAUUUCUACGGUAGUAACGUCGGUACGCCAUUAUGAAGAGCGUGGAGUUGGACAUAAGCAACACCCGAUGAACAAUCAGGAAUUGAUAUUCUUAUACAUAAUACAUGCGUUCUCUGUGACA